AUCCUGUUACCCUUCCCGGAUCUAACAUAACUAUUGAUAGAAGUACUAUCACUACACAUCUUUUAAGUGAUUCUACGGAUCCGUUCAAUAGAAAACCGCUUUCCAUUGAUCAAGUAAUACCUAAUGUUGAAAUGAAAGAACGAAUUACUGCAUAUAAAUUAGAAAGAAAGCAAAAGAAGUCUCAGUAG